CUUCGAACACCAAGUAGAAGACAUCCAGAUCUAUUCGUAUCAAGACGUACAACCCAUCAUCAAAUUCAAAAUGAAACUCUUCAUCGUACUCGCUUUGAUUGCCGUAACUGCAGCUCAGGAAACAUACAACAACCGAUACGAUAACAUUGAUGUGGAAGAAAUCCUCAAAUCGGAUCGUCUCUUCAAGAACUAUUUCAAUUGUCUGAUGGACGCCGGUCCAUGCACGCCGGAAGGAACCGAUCUGAAGAAGUACCUACCGGACGCCCUGGAAACCGGUUGCACCAAGUGUACCGAGAAGCAGCGUGAUACCGGAAACAAAGUGAUCGCCUGGUUGAUCGAGAACCGUCCGAUGGAGUGGACUAUGCUGAAGGCCAAGUACGAUCCGGAGAACAAGCUGACCGAGCGCUAUCGGGAACUGGCUGCCAAAGCGGGAAUUGCCCUAUAAAGGUCUGGGAACGGUAAACUCGUCGAUCUAAUUAUGGACGGCAACUGUUAGAUGUUGAAAUACGUUUUAAAAACGAAUAAAGUUUUGAAAUUUAA